AUGCUGUGCAGCUCCUGCGGCUCACCAGCAACGACACAAGAUCCCAGCAAUUCUCGAGUAAAGACGACAGUAGCGGAUCGCCGUCGUGAGCAGAACCGCCUGGCGCAGCAGCGUUUCCGACACAAGAAUCGAGAACGGAAAGUCGCACCGGAGCAAAAUCAACCCCAUCCACGAACCAGCGCCUCAAAUGCCCUGGACGACAUCGACCCAAUAGCCCCUAGCGCACUGACGCUAGCCACGCCACACAGCAUCAUCGCUUCAGGUCGCCGGCUGUCCUCGAUAAGCCGUUUUGAGGACGGUCGAGGUGAUAGUGUGAUGGAUGAUUUCUUUCUGGACCCCAACCCCAACUACGGGAAGAGCAAAGAUAGUACGCCCGACUUCUUGACAUCGACCCUGAUAGAGACGGCUCCUUUUGCUGCUACUGCUUCUGCUGCUACGACUACUACUGAUACUACUACUACUACUACUACUACUACUACUACUACUACUACUACUACUACUCCUUCCCUUGCCCGCUCUUCGGAUCUAAGAGACUGCCAAGAACGCCAUACAACAAGAAGCCCGAGUGAUCCGGUCGAUGACAACGACGAGAGUGGCAGAGCAUCCGCGAGACAGACGGUGCUUCAUCGAGCAGUGCAGACGGGCAACAGUAAAGUCGUCCGCCUUUUACUCGAGCAUCACGCAGAUUGCGACUCGAAGGAUAACGCGGGUCUGACACCUCUGUCGUGCGCGGUGAUCGGGGGCCACGAAGAGAUACUGGAGCUGUUGCUCUCACACGGGGCCGGGGUGGGCCAUGUUGAUAAUGCUCAUUGGUCGACCCUCCACUGGGCAGUGUUCUAUAACCGUCAUCGGAUCCUGGAACGGCUGCUGAGAUGCUGCUGUGCGGACUCUUCGUUGCUCAACAUACGAAACAAGGACGGAGAAACACCGCUGUCGGUCGCGGUUGGUGCGGGCAGUGAGGUUGCUGUCAAGCUAUUGCUAGAAUUUUGA